AUGUCGUCUCGCAUGUCGAGAGAUACCUCACAUGGCGCCAAAAGUUCAGCCUCACCUUUGACGAAGAAGACAGAGGCCCCUGCCAAAGACCCGGACUGGGCCGACAUUGCGGACCCUGAGGAACGCCGUCGCAUUCAAAACCGCAUUGCACAGCGCAAAUUUCGCGAAAAGGCGAGAGAGAACAAGGAAAAGGCAGAACGCGACUCGCGCAAUCUAGAGCACGCUGGCAACAGCUAUCGCAUUCCCAGCGCAGUCGACAUCGUGCGCGACGACACAUUGUCGGGCCUGCCAUGGGGCAGCGUCAACCUGGUCCACGUCGUGUCGCGUGGCCACGAAGCUGAAAGCAAGCGCAGUAGCGGGCGCAAUACCUACACGGGCGACGACAGCAGCAACCCGUCCAGCAACAGCUACUCUCUCGCUUCCUACGGCCAGCCUGUUCCGCAGCCUGUCAACUACGGAGUCGGCGUCGGCGAGGACCAAGUGAUGGAGGACAAUUCGCCAUAUUUGUAUGGCAUUGGCUCGCCUCCAAUGCCGGCCUUUUUCACGCAAUGA